CCCAGGUGCAUGCUGGUCCUGAAGCUACCCACACCUACAUGUAACCACAGGUCCUCUCCUGGUCGUAGCAGGAGGUCCUGCGGAGUCUUUUCUGUGUUCCACAGUCCAGAGCCCGGAUGAAGUGAGUUGCUGUUCUUUCCACCAAUAGGAAGAGACGUCUGCAGUUUGAAUCUGUGACUGUGAGUCAGCAGCUGCUCUGGAUCUGUGACUUCCUCUGGUUCCAGCUGGUCUGCUGAUGAGUUCAAGUGCUGCCGCAGUCCCUGAAGGCAGCACGUGCACACGGCUCUACUUACUGUACACAACCCGGCGGACGACGAGGCCCCACCGGAGGAACACCCCCAGGGACCGGCCAUGACGCAGCAGGAGUUCACGCAGAGCCUGGAGGCCGCCCUCUCCUGGAUGCGGGCCAUCCAGGAGAGGCUGAAGGCCAGUGACAACACCCAGGGGCCCCUGGAGGCCCUGGAGGGCCGGCUCCGGGAGACGGAGAAGAUCCAUCAGUCGGAGCACGAGGGCCGUGUGAAGAUGGACCUGGCGCUGGCGGCGGCUGAGCUCCUCCUGCAGAGCGGAGACAAGGAGCUGAGGACCACCACCCACAGCGAGCUGAGACACCUGAAGGGGCUGUGGGAGGAGACCAGCACCUACAUCAUCCACUGCCACAGCCGCAUCGAGUGGGUGUGGCUCCACUGGGGCGAGUACCUGAAGGCCUACGAGGAGUUUGAGACGUGGCUGACGAGCCGGCGGCGCGGCCUGGACGCGGCGGUGGAGCUCCAGCUGGGCGUGAAGGAGAAGCUGUGGCAGGCGGACCAGCAGAGGGUCGCGCUGAGCGACAUCCAGGGCCAGGCGGCGCUGCUGGAGCGGCUGCUGGACGAGGCGGCCGCGCUGCACAACAGAACCCAGGACCCCGGCGUGGAGCCCCGGGCCCAGGAGAGGCUGCAGGAGGCCUACAGCGACCUGAGGGGCCGGGCCCAGGAGCGCCUCUCGCUGCUUCAGAGGGUCGCCGAGGAGCACCGGACGCACCGCGCCGCCGUUCACCGGUUCCAGUCCUGGCUGCUGUCAAAGACCAAGGAGCUCACCGACCUCCUGGAGAGGAAGGACACGGCCGAGAGCAAGCUCCGGGCCCUGCAGGUUCUGGACGACAGCGUGGCCGGCGAGGAGAAGACCCUGCAGCACAUCGAGGGCGUGGCGGAGGCGGUGAGGGGCAACACCUCCCCCUGCGGGGCGGAGGCGGUGAUGGAGGAGGCCGAGGAGCUGAGGCUGGGCUGGCAGAGGCUGAGGCAGGGCCUGUGGGAGGCGGAGGAGGGCCUGCGCUGCAGCCUGGACUCCCACAGCCAGUACAGGGCCCGGUGCCAGCGGCUGGGAGAAGACAUCGGCCGCCUCAGGGUGCUGCUGCAGGGGCUGGACCAGGACCUGCAGGAGGGUCUGGACCAGGACCUGGAGGAGGGCCUGGACCAGAACCUGGAGGAGGGCCUGGACCAGAACCUGGAGGAGGGCCUGGACCAGGACCUGCAGGAGGGCCUGGACCAGAACCUGGAGGAGGGCCUGGACCAGGACCUGGCGGAGGGUCUGGACCAGAACCUGGAGGAGCCCCGCGAUGCUCGGGGCCGCACCGACCGGACCGAGGAGCAGAUGGUGGGCCGGUGGAGGAAAUACUCGGGCGUGAGGAACACUCUGGCCGGGGAGGAGUCCCAGGUGGAGCUCCUCAAGGCUCAGCUCAAGGAGCUCUUCAGGUUCUCCCAGGACUCGCGCCACCUUUCCGACGACGUCCUGGCCGUGGUCAAAGAGCAUCAGAGUGUGAAGUGCAGAGCGACCCGGCUGUGCUCCGAGUCCGAGUCGGGCCUGAGGAACCUGCUCCAGGACCCGCUGCUGGUCUUCGCCCAGUGGAGCCACAUGACCUCUCAGGUUCUGGAGGCCUCCGCCGAGGUCACUGACUCCUCCCACAUCGCCAUGCUGGUCCAGGGCAUCGAGCGUUUGCUCAAGGGCAGUGCCCCGCUGCAGGAGCGCCUCAGCCUGCUGCAGCUGAAGGGCGACCUGCUGACCUCUGUGUUCGGCGCCGAGGCGUCCGACUGCCUGCAGGGGGAGCUGAGCGCCGCCGCCAGGAGCCGAGAGCUGCUGCAGGCUCAGCUGCUGCAGAGGAAGAGCCGGCUGCAGGGCUUGAUCUCCAGGACCAAGGACUUUGGCGACGCCCACGAUCUGAUGCGCUCCAAGCUGGCCGCUCUCCGGCGCCACCUGGUGGCCACCGACGGCCUGCAGCCCGACAUCCUGGCCAAGAAGAGUCAGUCGGACCGGUUCAGGGUGGUCCUGAAGGACCUGGAGGACUGUGAGGCCCCCGUCACGGCGCUGGAGACGCUGGCCUCGUCCAGUCAGAGCAACCGGACUCAGUUCCAGAGGCUCUACGCCGAGUGGAGAGAGCUGCACCAGGCAGCCAGGGGGAAGGUGCAGCAGAGCGAGGAGAGCAUCUCUCACCACGAGAGCUUCCACCACCGCCUGCUGAGCACCGAGGAGUGGCUGAUGGUCACCAAGCAGACGCUGCAGUCCUUCCACCGCCCACCAGGGGGCUGGAGCGCCGAGGGCCGGCAGCUCGAGGCUGAGAGCGCUCUGGGGGAGUUCCCUGAGAAGGAGCUGCAGCUGCAGCAGCUGGAGGUCCAGAGCCAGGCGGUGCUGGACCGGACCUCCGAGGAGGGGCGGGUCCACAUCCAGCGGGACAUGAAGCGCCUGAGGGAGUCCUGGCUGUCCCUGCACACCACGAGUCUCCACCUGCACAGGCUGCUGGACGUCUCCACGGGGCCCAGCCCGGGGGCGGGGGGCCCCAGGAGCCAGGGAGGCCGCCUACGAGUGGCUUCAUCCGGGACGUCCUCCGGGUCUGGAGGGGCAGGAGGAGGCCUGGAGGGGGCGGUGGCCCACGGGGAGGGUCUCCUCAGUCUGGUCGGACGAGGCGAUGAACACGCCGGACCCCCCUUCGGGGGAGACCACAUGGAUUCCUCCGCUUGGAGGGUUCUCAGCAGCCAGAGAGAAGCCACCGGAAGCACCGACAUCGACGCACCACCAGGGGGCAGAGCCUCGCUCGCCUCACAGCCCGGCGAUGGCGAGGGGCUCGGGAGGAGCUCUGGGGGGGGCGUGGAGGCCGGGGGGGGGCUGAGUCCAGGAGGAGGAGCCUUCAUGCUGUUCAGGAGGGACCGGACCAAGAGACCCCCAACACCAACUCAUCACCCAGCGGGGUUCACAGGAGACCACCAGACCAGGAGGAGGGACUUCGAGGCCUGGCUGUCCAAAGAGAACAGCCUGCUGUCAGGGGUCUCCAGAAGCAAGGGAGCAGCCCUCAGCGCCAAGGAGGUCCAGACCCGACAGGACACCCUCAAGGCUCUGAGGGCCGGACUGGGCUGGGGUCAGGACCAGUUCCAGCUGCUCCUCCAGGAGAGUCCGGGCGGGGAGGACGUGGGUCUGGAGGAGGUCCGCUACCGCUGGAUGCUCUACAAGUCCAAGCUGAAGGACGUGGGAGACCUCCGGGCCAGGGCCAAGAGACUCCACGCCAAACAAGAGGAGUCGGCCUCCGCCGCCAAAGUGCAAAAGUUGUUGUGGUGGUCGUCGUGGCAGGAGCCCGGCCUGUGUCAGCGGGUGUGCCGGCUGGCCCUCCCCCUGUGGCUCCUCCUCCUGGCGCUCCUCCUCCUGGCCUUCCUGCUGCCCUUCAUGGACGGAAGCAGCUGCUCCCUCUCCAACAACUACGCCCGGUCCUUCAGCGUCAUGCUGCGCUACGAGGCCCCGCCCCCCACAUAGGGGGCGGGGCCCCACCACGGCUUACGGAGGACACGCCGCUUCAGGGCCUUCUUGUGACGAACGAUCUUCAGGAAGAGGAGCUCACUCUCCAGAUGCUUCCACGCUUUAUGAAGGAUAAUGAACGAUCUCAAAGAAUAUGCAAAUAUACCACGAGAGGAACGACUGGACCACGCCUCCAUCUCCGUGAGGAGGACCUCGGCCCAGAAGAUGGAGCUAUGAGAUGACUGCUGCUCAUGGGGGGGGCAGCAAGACGUUGACCUUCAUCUCUUUGGAGAGGUGAAGGUCGUUCAUACUGAGAGACCGGGUCCUUCUCCAAGUGGCCUUCAGGGUCCUGGAGAACCAGACCUCCUCUCCCCACCGCGGGACCCUUCCAUCGUCCUCAGGUUCUCACGCAACCACAGCUCAGACGUGAUUGGUCCAUACGACUCGGACACGCCCACUUGUCCCCAGCCUCAGAUUAUAAUUAUAAUGUAGAUGCAGAAAUCUUUUUAAUCGAUUUUUAUAUUAGAAACUCCAACUAUAGGAAAUGUUUCUGGGCUUUACAUAUAUACAUAUAUAUAAUAUUAUUUUAGCUCUUUUAAAGCUGCAGUACCUCUUUUCCCCAGCGUGGCAGCUGACGCGUCACAUGAUGUGUUUUCAAUGAAGAUGAAAACACAAACCUCCAAUCAACAAUAAGCCAAACGACACACCUGUGUCUAGACGUACGGAGUCCUGCUGAGCAGGUGUGUGUGUGUGUGUGUGUGUGUGAGGGUGUGUGUGUGUGAGGGUGUGUGUGUGUGUGUGUCCUUAAAAGAACGAGGUCUCUGUUCCUGUGGAUGUGUCUCCAUCCUCCCUCCAGGUGUUCCCCCGUUCACCUGAGACCUCUUUGGCCCGGUGGACCACCAGAACACUCAGAACCACCACUCACUCUUCAAUGGGAACCCCAAAAUAACUCCUCCCACACACACACAGCGUGUCGCUGUUAUUGAUUCGUCACGUUGCCGUGGCAACAGUGACCCAAUGGAGCGGCUCUCCUUCUUGUGCGUCUUUGAUUGGACAAACCUGUUGGAGUGAAACUCGGCUCCUGCAAACUUGUUCUGUGUAAACAUGCUACAUGUAGCAUGUAGCAUGGCCUUAACGUGUGCAGGUUAAUCAUGUCGGUGUUCCUUCAGCCCGGAGCUUCCUGUCUCCUCGAGUCCUUUCCUCACAGGAGGACUCUGGCUUCCUUAUGCAACACGUCUCCUAACACCUGGGAUGAUCUACAAGUGCUUCUUUCCUAAGAUGAUUCUAUUUUAUUAAUCUUUUGAGACACAUUCAUGUAUUUAACCAAUGCUGCUUUUUAUUCUGAUGAAAUAAAAGCAGUUUGAAUAUUC